AUGCGGGUGUGCGUGUCUGCGUGGGAGACCUUCUGUACGGGGCUGGAGGAGUUCCUGGCCAGGGCACGGGAGCGGAGGGCACAGAGAGACACUCCAGGAGACGACCAGCCACUCCUGCCCACAGCUGUGGGAGCUGAGUCACUCAUCGUAGGGGCUGCAGCGUACGAGUUAAAGACAUUGUCAACAGGAGAGAAGGUGCUACAGUUAUCUCUGAUGGCUACCAGGAAGCGCUAUCGGAACUGUGGAGUGGGUCGCUACAUCAUAGAGCUGCUGAAGACCCAAUCAGUGUGUGGGGCCUACGAUGCAUUCCUCGCUCACGCUGACACAGACGCGGUGGACUUCUUCUCACGCUGUGGCCUCACUGACGACGCCCUGCUCAACGACAAGUUCAGAGAAGUGAGAGAUGAGUGGACCAACACCACCCUAAUGAGUUAUCUACCUCCCUUCACCACAGAGUCAGAGAGCCGUAACCCUGGGUUUUCCUUGAUGCUGCCGGAGCUCAAGCUGGAGGUGGAGAUGGCGUGA